AUGACUCCUUUCAGAGCAUUAUAUGGGUAUGAUGCACCAUCUUUCAUUGAUCUUGCUUUUGAUCAGAGUAAUGUUCCCAAAUCUCGUGAUGUGCUUCAGGAAUGCCAAGAUAUAUUGAAAGCACGUAAGGAAAAUUUGCAAUGUGCUCAGAAUCAACAGAAAAUUUAUGUAGAUAAGAAGCUUAUUGAGCGACACUUUGAAAUUGGAGAAUUGGUGUAUCUCAGAUUACAGCCCUAUAGGCAGUCAUCCCUCAAGCGUAGUGGGGUUGAGAAAUUGAAGCCUCGGUUUUAUGAACCGUACCAGGUGGUUCGGAAGGUUGGUGCAGUGGCAUAUGAAUUGGAUUUACUUACAGAGAGCAUAAUACAUAAUGUAUUCCAUGUAUCUUGUCUCAAAAAAGCUUUGGGUCUAUAA